UAUUAUAAAUAUAUAUUAAAACAUAUUUUUUAUACUUUUAAACUUUCUUAUAAAUAUAAAUAAUAACUUAUAAUAUAGAAUUGAAAGCCUUUUCCACCUUUUAUAAGCCAUUAUUAGUUUGAUUACAAUAACCAAGAGACGCCGAAAAUGUCAGAAGAAACGAAUUCAGUAACAACAAUUAAAAUGGAACCAAUAGAUUACCCUCUAGUGAAACAAGAAAUUGAUGAUUAUGUUAUAUCAGAAAUAUGCCCAGAAAGCGAGGGAAUAUAUCUACAUCCAAAUUGGAAUUCUGAGGUAACAAUGGAGGAAGAAAUAAAACAAGAAACAAUUGAUGACCAACAUAAGGUCAUUAACAAAAAUGUAAAAAGUGGAGAUGAUACACUUCAUAUAUAUAGUGAAAAAGAUAGUAAUUCAGGUAAUAUAGUAGAUAAAUAUAACAAAUCAUUCAAAACUAUUUUAAAUGAUCCUAAAGCAACCCACAAAUGUGAAAUAUGCCACAAAACAUUCAAAACUAGACAAAUUUUAAAAUUACAUAAAGUAAGUCAUAGUCAAGAACGCCCUUUUAAAUGCAAGACAUGCAAUAAAGCAUUCAAACUAAGACAAACGUUAAUCAAUCAUGAAGCGAUUCAUUCCCAAACACGGCCUGAUAAAUGCGAAAUAUGCGACAAAACAUUUGCAUCAAAACAAUCACUAAAACAACAUCAAAUGCUCCACACUGGAGAACGUCCUUACAAAUGUGAAAUAUGUUCUAAAACAUACAUUCAAAAACAAGCGUUGAGGUUUCACAAAUUAACUCAUACAGCGGAACAACCUUUUGAAUGUGAUAAUUGUGGUGAAACUUUUACUAUGAGAUCUGCAUUAAACCUUCACAAAAUUAUUCAUACCGGAGGCAAUCCUUAUCAAUGUGAAGUUUGCAAUAAAACCUUUGCAACAAAAUUCUCAUUAAACAGACAUGAAAUGAUUCAUACUGGUGAACGGCCUUAUAAAUGCGAGGAGUGCAGUAAAUCAUUCAAAACAAAAGCUAUAUUAAAACAACAUGAAAUGAUCCACACUGGAGAACGUCCUUAUAUCUGUUUGGUAUGCAAUAAAGGAUUUAGACGAUCAGAACAUGUAAGAAAACACUCCAGGGAGCACCUUCGUGAAGAUGAAGCAUGUAAUAAAUCAUUCGUAACAAAACAAUUAUCAAGCCAACCUGAAAUGGUUCAAAAGGUAGAUUGA